CCAUCCCCAAAUUCUGCAAUAAAAGAUAGGAAAGUUAAUCAACCGGACAGUUGUUUUUUUUUUUUUUAAACACUGGCUUCGCUCCCCAAAACAGGAAAGCUGGAUUUUUCUGCCACGGGCAGAGCAUCUGUGUAGUGUGUAACACACACACACACCCACACACACCCUUGAUUUGUGCCUCGGAGGCAAAACUCCCUCCUCAGCAUCACUCCCAGGGCAAUCAGCACCACAUCCUGCUCUGGUCCAGGGCUGGAUGGGGAGGGGGAGAGGUCCCAUCCCCACCAAACCCGGGGGCUGCCCCCUCGGUGCUGGUGGAAACUGGCUCAGGUGGGGAAAUCCCACAUUUCCUUCCAGCCCCGUGUUUUCCCAGGUCCUUCUGGGACUUAAUCCGGGAUUCCAGUUACCGGAGCUGCUGGUGGGAGGGGAGGGAGAGUUUCUGAAGCUGGGAGCACUGGUUUCAGUUUCGUGUUCUGCUCAAGCCGCUGCUGGGAGGGAGCUGGGCUUUCCGGGAAGUGACUUCAUCACCCGGAGGAGCCCAGACUCCUCCUCGGGGCCACUCGUGGGGCCGGUGGCCGGAGCAGCAGGAAGAAACGGCCGUUCUCAUAACAGAGGCUUCUCCAAGAAGAGUCACACGUUCCUGCCUAAAAUAUUUAAAAAAAUGUCUACUCAGUCGGCGAAAGAAAGACCCGAAAGCUUGCAGUUCCCCUUCCUGGACGACGAAGACACCAUCUCCACCCUCAAAGAAUCCAAAACCUUUGUGAUCCUGAGGGGGCUGCCCGGCAGCGGGAAGUCCACGCUGGCCCAGGCCAUUCAAGAUCGGUACAAAGACGCCUGCAAGGUCAUCUCCGUCGACAGCUACAAAAUCCCACCUUCCGUAAGAAGCACCGUUCCCGAAGAAUAUUCCAAGGUGGACGAGGAUCUAGUUGACUAUUGCAAACGGGAGAUCAGCGUCAUCGUUCUGGAUGACACUCACCACGAGAGGGAAAGGCUGGAGCAGCUCUUUGAUAUCGCUGACAAAUACCGGUACAAAGUCAUCUUCGCCGAGCCCAAAACCCAGUGGCGACUGGAUUGUUUGCAGCUGAAGGACAAGAAUCAGUGGAAACUCUCGGUGGAAGAGCUGAAGAAGCUGAAGCCCAGCUUGGAGAAGGAAUUCCUGCCCAUGUAUUUCGGGUGGUUUCUGAGCAAGAGGAGCUCGGAGAUGCUGAGGAAGGCUGGCCAGGCCUUCUUAGAUGAGCUGGGGAGCAUGAAAGCCUUCAAAAAGGAGAGUAAAUACUUUGCUUCUGCCAUCGAAGAUCCCAAAAUCAAAAUCGAUCUCACCAGCUACUUCGUGAAGAGGCCGCCCGGGGUCCUGCACUGCACCACCAAAUACACCGACUUCGGGAAGGCGGCUGGAGCCGAGGAAUACGCCCAGCAAGAGGCCGUGAGGGCUUCCUACGGCAAAGGCUUCGUCCUGGCCAUCUCCGCCCUCUUCAUCACCACAAAGACUGUGGGUGCCCGCGUGGAGCUGAGCGAGCAGCAGCUGCAGCUCUGGCCGGGGGACGCCGACAAGGUCCUCCCCACCGACAACCUGCCGCGGGGCAGCAGGGCCCACGUCACCCUGGGCUGUGCCAACGGGGUGGAGGCCGUGCAGACCGGGCUGGACCUGCUGGAGUUUGUCAAACUGGAGAAAGCGGGGAACAAAGGGGAUCAGGUGGGGGAAAUCGGAGGAGGGAAACUGCUCUACUUUGAGAACGGGAUGUGGAUGCUCAACCUCGCCAAAAAGAUGGAUGUGAAGGCGAUUUUCUCAGGGUACUACGGAAAAGGGAAACUUGUCCCGACCCAGAGCACCAACAAACGGGGCUCUGCUUUUAGCUCCUGCACCAUCAUCUAAGGGCCGGGGCAGGGCGGCGGGUCUGGGGGUUUUUAAAAAGGCAAGUAACUCCUGUAACCUUUAAAACUGUAAAGAGAAAUAAUUCUACCUUUACUAAAGCAAGCCCUUUGCCAGCCCCAGCGUGAAGCCUCUCUGGGGAGUUCAUCGGCCUCAGGAGGAGGAAGAAAACAAGCGACUCUGACAAAGGCAACCUCUGCCCUCGCUGCCAGCAGCGACUCACCUGCUGCCCAGCGUGUUCCAACGGACGGGUUUUGCCGUUCUGCUUGUUUUCUUCCUCGCAGGAAGAUCCACCACGGUCUGUUAGAACUUCACCCCAACCACAAUCGUUAGAUCUUUACCCCGUCAGAACGACGAGCGGUGCCAGAGCAGGGCCCCGACGCGCGUCACCGCUCUGAAGCCGAGUGAGUGAACCGGGGACCAUCUCCCCCCUUCUCCCCGACCCCCAGGGACUGACACCGCUCACUCUGGCAGGGGAAUUAACUGGGCAAAAACCAGUAACACACAACUGUGGGUCACUCCUGCCCAGUGUAGCUGCAGCCCCCCAGCCCUGCGCUGCCCCAGAAGCAACUGCGUGGCCAGACCGUGUCCUACAGAGCAGACAUGGAUUAGAAAAAAAGAAAAGAUUUUUAAAAAAUCCCCAAAAGGGAAAGUAGCGGGACACGGGGGAGACACUGGGCUCCCCCCAGCUCUUCCCUUGGCACGUCAGUGGGGGCUGGACCAAGCGCUGCCCCGUGUCCUUGUCCUGUAGGGAACAAUCCUGCCCUGGCGGGGGGGUGGAAAAGAUGAAGCAGUGUCUUUUUCCAUCUCAUUUUGUAGAAACUAAAAUCGUGUCUGAAGUGCAGAGCUGCACCUCAUGCAGGAUUUUACUCCUCCUCUCGUAACGCGCCGGGUGGGAUGGCAGUAACGCUGUAACGCAGGGAGCGGAGGAAUCGUAACCGCGUAACUCACGUCUGCUCAAACCUAAACCCUUGGCUGGAAAAAAAAAAAAAAAAAUUGUUAAUGAUCGAGCACUUCUGUUACUGAGUCUCUGUUUUAUGAAAAAGUCCUGGUUUUUUGCUCGUCGCAGCCCGGGCGGGGGGUUCCUGGGCACAGCUUGGCUGUAACUCAAAGCUCAAACUAACGGCUUCGGCUCCGGACGAGGUUUAAUCUCCCGCCGUGGCUCUGUCCGGUGCCCUGCGCAGUGACAUUAAUCCCCCACUAACUCCUGUAAAUACUCACCGCCUUCGAGGAGCGCCGCCGGGGCUGGGGUGCGGGCGCAGGAGCCUUCUCUCAACCCUCACCACAAGCUGGGGAGCACCUUCACCAGCAAAGCAACACGCUUCCUGCUGCUUCCGAAAGAGGGGUGACAAAAAUCUCAUGAUAUCAUGAUAUCAUUAAACAAUUCUGUAUCCACCCCCCCCCCACUCUUCCCCAUCAACACCAAAUUCCUUCUGGCUCCUGCCCCGGCAGAGGGGUGAGUCCUGAUGCUCAGCUCGGGCCGUUCCCAACGAAUCUCACACCGGUUUGGUCCCAUCAACACCUUAAAAGCACCUUUUCCAGCCCCCGAGGGAGCACAGGAGCUCGUGCCCCCCUCUCCCUCCCCGGGAACAACCCGAUGCUCCAGGUCUCACCCGGCACCGACCGGCGCGGCUGGAACCUCCUCUUUAUUCACCUCUUCAAGAACAAGAGUGAGACCGUCCUCCGUUAAGUUUUUAUUAGUUUGUACAUCAUAUACAGUUUAUAAUAAAGUAAACCAAUUGCA